AAGCCCUAACGGAAACACGGCCGCGCGCGCGCAUCGCCGGGAGAGAGAUCGUCCCUUCCCUCUCAGCGGUCCCAGCGCCGCCUCUCCUCAGCCAAUCCGAAAUCAAAGCCAAAGAUGGCGAUGAUGAAUCGAGUGCUUCACACGCGUCUCCUCUUUCUCCUCAAAGCGCCCCUUGCAAGCCCGCUCCUAAGCCAUGGCCGUUCGGAUUGCUGGAUAUCCAACAUGUGUCAGGCUUGUGUUAGAGUACCACCACUUAGGAAAUUUAGCGAUGGAUUUAGUUGUUCUUCUACAUCACAAGAUUUGACAUCCAAGAAAUGCGUUCCAUGUGACUCAAAGGAUAUUCGACCAAUGUCUGAACAGUCAGCAAAUGAACUACUUGCACAGGUACAAGGUUGGAAUUUGUUGAGUGAAGGUGGUGUUAUGAAGUUGCAUCGAUCAUGCAAAGUGAAGAGUUUCACAAAAGGGUUGGAGUUUUUUCAGCUCGUGGCAGAUGUUGCUGAGGCAGAGGGUCAUCAUCCUGACCUUCAUCUAGUUGGUUGGAACAACGUUAAAAUUGAUAUAUGGACUCAUUCAGUUGGAGGAUUGACUGAAAAUGAUUUCAUACUUGCUGCCAAGAUCAAUUCUCUCCAUGUCGAGCAUCUUCUAAGAAGGAAAGCUGUUGCUUAGGAAUAUCCAUAUGGAAUUCUUGUGGUGACUUUGAUAUACUAUCAAACUUGUGCUCUACUUGUGGAGGUUACUGGUUGCAUUUUUAGCAUAGCAUAUGUGGGUGAUGAUAUCGUUGCGUAGGCCAAACUUUGUCAUGCAUGUCUUGCUUCUGUUUUAGGCAAUGGCUAUGUUAUGGAUCAUUAUAUGAACCUACUACUUUAAGUCAAGAAAUUCUACAAUAGUUGAUGGAUUUGUGAAUA